CCCCGGCCCGGCGCGGCGCUGUGCGGCCAGCGGGCCGGUACCGCCCCAGCUCCUCCCUUCUCCAAAUGCCGGACCUGGUUGCUGUAGAGACCUCCCCGAGGCGUCUGGCAGUGAGUUAAUGUAAUCACUGGAAAAUCCUGGAUGGAAACCAAUGUGUGCUGGAUCAGUGGUUUGGCAAUGAUCAAAUGCCAGUUUUCCAGUGUUCUUGUGAACAAUUCUACAUACAGAACUGCCCUUGUGGAAAUGCACCUAGUUAAGAAUGAACCCAUGAGAAGUGCUGUGGUAGACACAGGCUUCAUGUCAUGUUGGUUUCCAGUUUAAAAACAAGUAGGCUGGCAAUUUUAAAGGAACAGCAACAAAGUGAUGACCAGGUGCCAAGUGCCAGCUUUCCUUAUUCAUCAAAUUCAAGAAGAAUUGGAUAAAGAUGAAGAAGAGAUGAUGGUUUUCCUGUGCCGAGACCUUGCUCCUGACUUGGCCACUGCUGAUCUUAAGGAGGUCUUGGUGGCUUUGAAUGAGAGAGAGAAACUGACUCCUGUUGGCUUGUCUGAGCUGUUGUACCGAGUUAAGAGGUUUGACUUGCUGAGGAGGAUCCUGAACACUGAGAAAGCAACAGUGGAAGCUCACCUUGCCAGGAGUCUCAGACUUAUCCCUGAUUACAGGGUACUAAUGGUAGAGAUAAAUGAAAAUCUGGAAAAAGAUGAAGUGAGUUCUCUUGGUUUUCUACUCAGAGAUUAUGCACCUCGUAUGAAAAUGGCAAAAGAUAAGAGUUUUCUAGCUCUUAUCAUUGACCUGGAGAAGCUAAAUUUGGUGGCUCCUAAUCAACUGGAUUUGAUAGAAAACUGUUUUCAAAGUAUUCACAGGAUAGACUUGAUUAGGAAGAUUCAGAAGUACAAGCAUGAAGCUUCAGUGUCCUCUGUUCAUUCUCAGCCAGUUUAUGUAAAUGCGCUUCAGGCCUCUCUCCCUAAUUUAAAUCUGAUUGAUCCUCCUUAUCAUUCAGGGAUUCAGAAUGAGAACAUAGAAAAAUUACAAAAUGGAUCAAGUCUUACUCUGGGUGCAGCAGAACCACUUCACAUGUCCAUUGAGGAGUCAGGAUCAGUGCCACAUAAGGUGUCUGAUGAUUCUUACAGAAUGCAAAGUCAGCCUUUAGGAAUAUGCCUGAUAAUAGAUUGUAUUGGCAAUGACACUGAUGUGUUGGAAAAGACCUUCAGAGGCUUAGGCUAUGAUGUUCAUUGUCACAGGUAUUUAAAUAUGAACUCCAUGAAUCAAAAAUUGCUUGAAGUUGCAAGGUGGCAGAAGCACAAAUAUUGUGACAGCUUCGUUUGCAUAUUGGUCAGCCGUGGAAACUCUCAGAGCAUCUUCUGUACGGACCACACCUUUUCUGGAUUCCCUUUGGAACAAAUAAAGAAAUACUUUACAGCAGACUCAUGUCCUGGACUCCUAGGAAAACCGAAGCUUUUUUUUAUUCAGAGCUAUGUUGUGCCAGAAAAUGAGCAAGAAUAUACCAGUCUGUCGGAAGUUGAUGGGAAUGCUGAGAAUAUCAGUUCUAAAGUCACGAUUCCCCAAGCAGCAGACAUCUUUUGGAGUCAUUGCAAGGUGGAUGUGUCUAAACUAGAACGAUCCUCAACUUCAUCCUCAUAUUAUCUGCGUUGUCUGGCUGAGCUACUCCAUAAUCCUUAUAAAAGGAAACGCUGUAUAUUGGCUAUCCAUAUGGAACUGAACAAAAAAGUUUAUGAUGGGAAUAUGACCGUUGACCCAAGCCAACAAUACUCACUGCUGCUCCAGCACACACUGAGGAAGAAACUUUUUUUCCCCACUUAACUGCUGUUAGAAACUUUUGCAUUUGACAAGCACUUCUGCUACCCCAUAGACAACCAAAAGCAGAGAGAAUGGAAUCAACAGGAGGCAGAUGAGGAAAAGAAAUGUGAAAAUUUUAAGCAGGAACAAGAAGGGGAAUGGUAGGGAGCAUCAAGAGAAGAACAAGUAGGUGAAAGAUGAUUUGGAUGAGAAAUACAGUAUCAAUAUUGGAAGGAGAAGAAAAUGGGAAAAAGGAAGUGAGAAUAAUAGUGGUUGUCUUUACAGACUCUAAUGAUGUGGUGAGUUGGUUGAUGUUUUGUGGGCUGGUUGGUUGGGGGGUUUAGAGUGAUGCUAAAUGCAACUGUUUACUUAAGAUAUUAGUAGUAGAAUAGAUUCUGCUUUUACAGUUUUGUGACAAAUUUGGUUUGGGGGUUAAGAAGUAUAUAUGUUCUUUGCCUUACUGCAAGACAGUAAGUCCAUGUCCCUUUCAUUAAUAAAUUAUGCAGAAAUGCUGUUUUGAAAACUAGAGGCUCAUGUAAUUAACCCUUUCAGUGGAAAAGGAAGGGACUCUGUGCAUGGCUGCUUGGUUGGAAGUGGUUAUAAUCCUCUAGAGUUGUGGGGAUAGACAUGUAUUGUGCAGCAUUCAUGGGUGUCAGAUAGUGAUUUUUUACACUGAUCCUCUGUAGAUUCCCAAACGUAGCCAUACGCAAUCUAUAAUCAUUCAUCUAAGCAGUAUUUAUUGCCUUGGCACCUCUUUCAAGUGUGGUGUUCAGGCAAGCUGAUCCCCUGUACCUGCUGCGUAGUGAGUAUUUAUGCAGGACUUCUGUGAUGGCUCUUCUGUCACUUCUCCCAUAGCUUAUAGGAUCACAGACUCAUAGAAUAAGCUGAGUUAGAAGGGACCCAUCAGGAUCAUAGAGUCCAACUCCUGGCCCUGCACAGGACACCCCAAGAAUCCCGCCAUGUGCCUAAGAGUGUUCUCCAAAAGCUUCUUGAGCUCUGUCAGGGUUGGUGCUGUGACCACUUCCCUGGGGAGCCUGUUCCAGUGCCCAGCCACCCUCUGGAUGAAGAAUUGAAGAACCUCUUCCUAAAUUCUACCCUAACCCUCCCGUGACACAGUUUCAUUUCUCAAGUCCUGUCAGUGGUCACCAGAGACAAGUGGUUGAUACCUCUGCCCCUUUGCUUCCCUUCAUGAGGAUGUUGAAGACUGCAGUGAGGUCUCCCCUCUUCCUCCCCAGGCUGAACAAGCCAAGUGAGCUCAACCCCUCCUCAGAGGGCCUCCACUCCAAAACCCUUACCAGGUUUCUGUGUCCCUCCAUACACAUGAGGGGUCCUGUCUCUUCUUGCUGUAGUGCACACAUAAAAUUUGAGUCUAGAAACGGAUGCGGGGUGUGGACUGCAUCAAGCUGUCCCUGUACUGCAGGUAGUGAAAUGAUCUCAGGUUAAAUGAUCCUUUAGCCAAAAGAAAAAGGGGGAGAGAAUUUUGGAUCCAUCAUGAGUUUAAGGUGUUAGCACAGGAACAUAGAGAAAGCAGAAAGCAAACACUAGUAACACUUAAAUCUUCAAUACAGCUGGUGAAAUUUCAUGGUCUUGGACUGCCAAAAUGUCUAAUUUUCAGAACAUACUGUUGGAGGAGAUAAAACAAGUUACGCUGCUCCUGCAUUGUCAGAGGUUGGAAUAAGGCUGUCAGAGUCAAUGCUUUGGCACUUAAUUACAGUUUUGGUUUCUGAUAACUGGAAGAAAAUUUCUUGUAGUUCUGUAUGUGCUCCAUAUAUAGAAGGUGAUGUCUUUAAGUGGCUCAGAAGCUGUAUGCAAGAGGCAAGAGAUUCAGUGGUGUUUUGUACCAGACUUGAGUUGCAUGGUUUUUCUCAGCCACCUACACUGAUGUGGCUGAGCCGUAAAUUGAGCUCAUUAUCCAAAAUAGAAUUUAUAUUCAAGAGGAUGUUACUGUGGUAUAACUUGUAGAUGGAGCAUGUUGUAUGGCUGAUCUCCCCUUUCAACUCUGCAUAAGAAGUAACAGUGGCUCCUAUUACAUAUACCUGAGUCAGAGAAGCUUUUUAUGGGAGUUUCUGAGAAUUAUUUUCUGCUUUCCAGAGUUUUAAGUUUCUGACAUGCAGAACAGUAUUGCUGAGGGGUAUUGCUGUCUGUGUGGUUGAUCUAUAUUCAAUUUAAAUUAAAUCUCCUGUACUGAAUUAUUUGACAGCUUUUCUGUGGCUGGUUUAAAUUAUGUCUAUUUUUCAGCUUCUGUAUUAGAAACAAUAAUAAGACACUAUGACUGGAUACAAAUGCUCAGUUUCAUGGUGAUAUUCUGAAUAAAAUUUCUGUAUGCAGUCAGA